AUGAGUCAAGCUGAGGAAAACAGUAUCUACUCAACGUGGAAUAUUGUGAGGUCAGUAGUCUGCAUAAUACUGAGCUUCUCAUUUAUUAUUGGGACCCCUGGAAAUUGCAUUGUCAUCUGGACUGUUUGCACAAAAAUGAAGCAAGUAUCUCCUUCAGUCCUGCUGAUCUUGAACCUGGCCAUUGCAGAUGUCCUUGUACUGAUUACUUUACCAAUUUGGAUUUACUCCUUUGCUGACUCAUGGGUUUUCGGAGUCAUCUUCUGCAAAAUACUGGUUUUCAUUAUUUACUGCAGCAUGUAUGCUAGUAUAUUUCUAAUUACAGCAUUGAGCUUGGAGCGGUUAAUGGCUGUGUUUUACCCUUUCACAAUUCAAAGAUACAAAACAAAAGAAAAGAUUUCUUUAAUCAUAUUCCUCAUUUGGUUCCUGUCUAUUACUUUCGGCAUUUCUGUCAUUCCAUUUCAAGAGACAGAGAAAAUGAACGGUAGACUGCUAUGUACAUGUCGCAACUACUCAUCUAAUAGACAGAAAGUGUCAUAUCUUUUGCUGGAGACCCUUGCAGGUUUUGUCAUCCCAUUUUUAAUUAUUUGCACUUGUUACAUGUGUGUUGCAAGAAGAAUAAGCAGAAUGACUUACCAAUCUAAGCAGCGAUCAGAACAGCUCAUUGCCAGUAUUGUGGUGGCGUUCAUUUUAUGCUGGUUUCCUCAUCAUCUCUUUAACAUCCUAGAUAUUAUUUCAAUUGAGACAGAGUUCUCUAACAAGGAAUUGUCUUCGGCACUGGAUGAAAUUGUAGGCAGAGGAGUUUACAUCUCUGGAGCGCUUGUAUUCAUCAGUAGCUGCAUUAACCCUCUGCUUUAUGCUUUUGCUGCACGAAGAUUUCAGAAUCACCUGAGAUUUGCCAAGAUAUCAAAGCUGUUUGAACAGAUGAGCCAGACUGUAACAGAAGAAGACAAGAAAAAAAGUUUGGUUGUAACCAAACAAGAAGAUACUUUAUUAAGCACAGAAAAUCUCUAACAAGGAACAUAGACUUAAUGAAUAAUGUGAUUCUGUGUCAUUCCUUCAGAAGUCCUUUCUCCUCAUAUUUUGUUUCAUUUACUAAGCAGUCCAGGUAAAGCUAGAGACAAAAAGUUAUUAGGGUUUGUUUUGUCUGUUAUAAAAGACUUGGCAUUGGCAACCUAGUAUCCACAUCACAAAAUUAGCACUAUUUCACAGAUGCUGAGAACCUCAGCAAGGUGGCUAGAAGCUCAAAGGCUAAGGAAUACAGCAUUUUUACUUUCCAUUAAAAUGAUUUGUGAUUUCUAGAAAUCUGUGCAGAAAACAGAAAAGGGCUGUAUGUGGAAAACAAACUUUAAAAGUUUAAAACUAAGUUUUCCUUCAGAAAAAAUUGUUAGAUGCUCAAAAAUCUUUAUAACCUAAAGUUUUAAGAGAACAUACUUAAAUUCUUGGUAUGGGUACAAAGGAUUUUAAUGUAUAUUAGUGACACAAAACUCUUUUGGGUAGAUGGAAGAUAUAAAGCUAUUUUUAUUCAUUGCUUAAGUUAGGUUUGAAAGUAAUAGGGGUUGUUCACAAAGUCAAGCUCAUUUACUGAAUUAUCUUGUGUUAAUAGGUUUUCAUGAGUAAAAUGUGAAGUGUGACAUGCCUCCAAGAAAAAAAAAACAGGAGGUACAAGAAUUCGUGUUCUAUGGCAAACAGUUACAGACUUCAUGCUAUAUUUGAUGUCAAACAGAUUGCAUACUUCAGCGGCACGUAAGCUACUCAUGUAUUACAUAAACAUACCAUGAGUAUCUCCAAAAAUUUUGAUUCAGUUAAGCUUCCAAGAUCUCUUAAUUAUGGAGGAAUUGGAUCAGACUCUGGUAGGAGGGAAGGAGAGAUCCUUGAUAUUUUUUUAUGUGUAAGAAAAUUAUGGUAGCAGUACAAAAUGUCUAAUAUAACAACUUCACAUUGCAAAGAAAAGCAUUAUUUUUCUCUUGUAGAGUAGAGCAGGUUUUGCCAUAAGAACCCAAUAAAUUUAGUGCUUACAAGGACCUCAUUUUAGUUUUAUGAAUAUGUGCAAACUUACCAUGGAAAAAUUGCAUGGCAUCAAGUGUUUGCUUUUGAAGGUUUUUUUAAUUUCAAUUAUGCCUAACUUUGUUUACUCUUGCUUAUUUUUAAGUCAAUGGUUUGUAAUAAGAUCAAGAUAACUACUGAUUACUAAGAAACAUAUUGUAAUUUCUUGUACAUUGUUCUGGACAGCUGCUAAAUAGCUAUGUUACUUAUCUUUACAAAGAAAUUACAAAUACUAACCAGAACUUAAUUUUCAAAAUCUGAUUAUGUAACAACCAAGGAUAUUUGAGUUGCAUUAAUUUAGCUUAUAAACUGAAAUAAAUACAGGGAAGUAAAAUUUUAACUGUUAGUAGAAGAAUAUUUCUCUAAACUUUGCAUAUGUAUUUGUUAUUCCUCCUUGUUAUGAAAAAGUCAUUUUUUUUCUUCUCCAUAGGAGAAAAGGCCGUACCAGGUGGCUUUCCAUCAAUAGGACUCCUUCACUGAAAUUAAAACAAAUAAAACUUUAGCAAGACCUUGUUUGCAGCAAUGAGUAAGCAGCAGAUGAAAUACUUUAGAUUUUACCUCAUCUACCUACUAUUC